GGUCCGGAGUGGCAGGAAAAGAGGAAGAUGGCGGGGUGCAGGGGGUCUGUGUGCUGCUGCUGCAGAUGGUGCUGCUGCUGCGGUGAGCGCGAGAGCCGCACCCCCGAGGAGCUGACCAUCCUCGGGGAGACACAGGAAGAGGAGGAUGAGAUCCUUCCCAGGAAAGACUAUGAGAGUCUGGACUAUGACCGCUGCAUCAAUGACCCAUACCUGGAAGUGUUGGAGACCAUGGAUAAUAAGAAAGGGCGAAGAUACGAGGCAGUGAAGUGGAUGGUGGUGUUCGCCAUUGGCGUCUGCACUGGGCUGGUGGGUCUGUUGGUGGACUUUUCCGUGCGACUCUUCACCCGACUCAAGUUCGGAGUGGUUCAGACAUCGGUGGAGGAAUGCAGUCAGAAAGGCUGCCUUGCUCUGUCUCUCCUUGAACUCCUGGGUUUUAACUUGACCUUUGUCUUCCUGGCAAGCCUUCUUGUCUUGAUAGAGCCAGUAGCAGCAGGUUCUGGAAUCCCCGAGAUCAAGUGCUAUCUGAAUGGUGUGAAGGUGCCAGGAAUUGUCCGGCUCCGGACCCUGCUGUGCAAAGUUUUUGGGGUGCUGUUCAGUGUGGCUGGAGGGCUCUUUGUGGGGAAAGAAGGCCCCAUGAUCCACAGUGGUGCCGUGGUAGGAGCUGGCCUCCCUCAGUUUCAGAGCAUCUCCUUACGGAAGAUCCAGUUUAACUUCCCCUACUUCCGCAGCGACAGGGACAAGCGAGACUUUGUAUCAGCGGGGGCGGCUGCUGGAGUUGCUGCAGCUUUUGGGGCCCCUAUAGGGGGUACCUUGUUCAGUCUGGAGGAGGGCUCAUCCUUCUGGAACCAGAGGCUCACGUGGAAAGUGCUCUUCUGUUCCAUGUCUGCUACCUUCACCCUCAACUUCUUCCGUUCUGGGAUUCAGUUUGGAAGUUGGGGCUCCUUCCAGUUGCCUGGGUUGCUGAACUUCGGAGAAUUUAAGUGCUCUGACUCUGAUAAAAAAUGUCAUCUCUGGACAGCUAUGGAUUUGGGUUUCUUCGUCGUGAUGGGGGUCAUUGGGGGCCUCCUGGGAGCCGCAUUCAACUGCCUGAACAAGAGGCUUGGAAAGUGCCGCAUGCGCAACGUGCACCCGAAGCCUAAGCUCGUCAGAGUCUUAGAGAGCCUCUUGGUGUCCCUGGUGACCACUGUGGUGGUGUUCGCAGCCUCCAUGGUGUUAGGAGAAUGCCGCCAGAUGUCCUCUGCGAGUCAAACCGGUAAUGGCUCGUUCCAGCUCCAGGUCACAUCAGAAGAUGUGAAUUCAACUAUCAAGACUUUCUUCUGUCCCAAUGACACCUACAAUGACAUGGCCACACUCUUCUUCAACUCCCAGGAGUCUGCCAUCCUGCAGCUCUUCCAUCAGGACGGGACUUUCAGCCCCAUCACCUUGGCCUUAUUCUUCAUCCUCUAUUUCCUGCUUGCUUGCUGGACUUUCGGCACUUCUGUCCCCAGUGGCCUCUUCGUGCCUUCCCUGCUGUGUGGAGCAGCUUUUGGACGUUUAGUUGCCAAUGUCCUGAAAAGCUACAUUGGACUGGGCCACAUCUAUUCUGGAACCUUUGCCCUGAUUGGUGCAGCGGCUUUCUUAGGUGGGGUUGUGAGGAUGACCAUCAGUCUCACCGUCAUCUUGAUUGAAUCUACCAAUGAGAUCACCUAUGGGCUUCCCAUUAUGAUCACUUUGAUGGUGGCCAAGUGGACAGGAGACUUUUUCAAUAAGGGCAUUUAUGACAUCCACAUUGGCCUGCGAGGUGUGCCUCUUCUGGAGUGGGAGACAGAGGUGGAAAUGGACAAGCUGAGAGCCAGCGACAUCAUGGAGCCCAACCUGACGUAUGUCUACCCGCACACUCGCAUCCAGUCUCUGGUGAGCAUCCUACGCACCACGGUUCACCAUGCCUUCCCAGUGGUCACAGAGAACCGGGGCAAUGAGAAGGAGUUCAUGAAAGGCAACCAGCUCAUCAGCAACAACAUUAAGUUCAAGAAAUCCAGUAUCCUCACCCGUGCCGGUGAGCAGCGCAAGCGGGGCCAGUCCAUGAAGUCUUACCCUUCCAGCGAGCUGCGCAAUGUGUGUGAUGAGCAUGUGGCGUCCGAGGAGCCAGCAGAGAAGGAGGACCUGCUACAGCAGAUGUUGGAGAGGAGAUACACUCCCUACCCCAACCUAUAUCCUGACCAGUCCCCGAGUGAAGACUGGACCAUGGAGGAGCGUUUCCGCCCACUGACCUUCCACGGCCUCGUCCUGCGCUCUCAGCUUGUGACCUUGCUUGUCCGAGGAGUGUGUUAUUCCGAAAGUCAGUCCAGUGCCAGCCAGCCACGCCUUUCUUAUGCUGAGAUGGCUGAGGACUACCCACGGUAUCCGGACAUACAUGACCUGGACCUCACAUUGCUGAAUCCCCGGAUGAUCGUGGAUGUCACCCCAUAUAUGAAUCCUUCACCAUUCACUGUCUCCCCCAACACCCACGUUUCCCAAGUUUUUAACCUGUUCAGAACUAUGGGCCUGCGCCACUUGCCUGUGGUGAAUGCGGUGGGAGAGAUCGUGGGGAUCAUUACACGACACAACCUGACAUAUGAGUUUCUGCAGGCCCGGCUGCGGCAGCAUUACCAGACCCUCUGACAGUCGGCCAGCCACCACCAGCUCACUCUCCCAGAGGUGCCUCUGCAGGUGGCUCGCUCACUUGCUGGCCCCCACAGCCGGCACAGAUGCUCUCUGUCACUCACUUGCUCAGACGCCUGGAGCCCUGGAUGAUUGGUGUCAGGUUUUGGGGGUGUGUUGAUCAGGAAGUUGGGGUUUUACUAACUUCCUCAGCAAGAAUCUUCCAUUUCUCAUUUCCCAGGCUCCCCUAGAGAGACAUCAGGGUGAAGUCAAGCUGGGUCCUAGGUAAACACUUGGUACUUCUCUGUUGCUGUUUCCCAGAGAACCCAGCUGUUACCCAGAGCCUUCUGGGAAGGGCUUGGGCUGAGGCAAACACUGAGGAUGUUAUUUGCAUAUCAUGUUCAUUACUAAGUUCAGGAAUUGGGCCCUGAGAACUGUUUGGAGAGGCCUAGGAUCAAAACCAGGGCCUCAGAUACAGUAGAGCUGUCUGCCUCUUCAUUGGCCCGUCUUUCUAGGAGCGAGUGCCUGCUCUCAACCCUGUGGCUUGAAUUGCCUUAGAAUCAUUUCUGACCAGACCCUUGAAGCAUUAAAACCCCAGUUAACAGCCUUCUAACCAUUAAAUCCCACCCCAGGGGACCACACCUCCUCCCUCUGCUGUGAAUGCUCAGUACCCCCCCAUUCACUAAUUCCACCUGUUCUCCAUAACACACGCUCUCCACCCUUUCUCAGUUCCUUCCUCCCCACAACUGCUUGACUUUCUCUGUCUUCCUGGUGGGGCAGCCAUAGCUUUAUCUUGGAUUCAUUCCUGAAGUUAACCAAAAUUGAGAAAUCCUUAAACAGAGCCAGCACCCAGCGCCCUAGUGAAUCAGGAUCGCUCUACAAGCUGCCAAGCAAGCUGUCCUGAGCCAGAGCCAAGCAAAGGUCGCCCUAGGGGAGAGCCAGUGGCUCCACUCACCUCUUGCACCCCACUUCACACUCCACUCCCCGGUCACCUCUUUCUGAG